UUACUACUGUAUAGUAAUUGGGGCAACGUACAACAAUUGAAAUUCGUUGUGCCGGUUAAUAUUAGCAAUAAAUUGAAAAAGAACCUUAACAAAAAAAUUCGUUUGCUUUUUAAAGUCGGUUUUCAACGGGUGUUUUGCAUAGAUAAGUUAUAAUAGACGGUAUCGUGGUAAGGUGAGCGCUUGACUCGUACGUCGCUGGAUGUCUACGAGUACCCCACCUUGUGAUUCGGCCUAAGCUUUGACGAGAUACCUCUAUUGGUAUUGGGGUCUCCGACUCGAUCGUGGCAGUGAGACUCUCAUAGGGCGGAGGAGAUCGCGCAGUUCACGGUUUUUCUUUCCGCUAAAUAGUGCGUCCUGAUUGCUGACAUUUCUUGCAUUAGAGCUACGGCAAGGUAUGGCGUUUUUGAGAACGGUGCCGCGUUGCAGUGCCGGUAAAAAGCUGAGGAAGUGUUUGCCACUUCCUGUCGGCCUCCUCGAGAACGUAACGAAGCCAUCGGUGCAGUUGGUGCAGGUGCACGAUCGCGAAUACACCGGCACUACCGCUGACGUGAAGCCGGCUCUUCCGCGACAGAUCGAUCCUCUGGAUUUGAAGUUUAACGAUCCCAUCGCCGCUUUUAAGAGCAAAACCACGAAAGAAUUGCUUCGUGCCUACAUCGUUUAUCAACUAUGUUCCAUCGAGUACAUCGCCGAGAACAAUAUGAAGUUAAUGAAAUUGACCAAGCAAAUACUUGGCGAGAAACUUUUCACGAAGCUUAUGAAGGCUACAUUUUACGGUCACUUUGUCGCCGGCGAAGACGAGGUGCAGAUCACUCCUGUCCUGGAUAGGUUGCGGCAAUUUGGUGUAAAGCCCAUUCUUGAUUACUCCGUUGAAGAGGAUAUUUCUCAAGAGGAAGCAGAACGACGUGAAAUACAGAGUUCCGUGUCAGAAGCUGGAGACGAGAAAAGGGAAGGUCCCUUGAAGAAGUACCAUGUCGCAAAACCAUUCGCGGAUCGUCGAUACAAGGUAUCCUCGGCAAGAACGUACUUCUACCUUAACGAAGCUAGUUGCGAACGAAACAUGGAUAUAUUUAUCAGAUGCCUCGAGUCUGUAGCCGCUGCUUCGAUGGGUGUUGGCUUCACCGCUAUUAAAUUAACUGCUCUUGGCCGUCCACAGCUUUUGCUCCAAUUGUCGGAAGUAAUUAUGCGUGCACGACAAUAUAUGUCGGAUGUAGUUGGUGGUGAAGGCGCUGUUUUAACUCAUCAUGCUACGGCCGAUGAUUUCAUGAAAAAGUUCGAAGAGGCUCACAUUAAAGAUGAAGCACCAGUACAAAAGUUUCUACAAAAAAUUCAAUCAGACAAAGAAGGUGUUAUUCACUUGUUCCCAUGGAGUGGUAUUCUGGAUGAGAACUACGAGCUGAGCGAAACGUUCCAAGUUCCAGACAUUAAAACGGGAAAGAUGGUGAGGCUUAUGUCGCAGCUCACGUCCAAGGAAGAAGAAAUGUUCAGAAACAUGAUAAGACGCCUGAAUAACAUUGUCUCGGUGGCCGAUAAAUUAGACGUACGUAUAAUGAUAGACGCCGAACAAACGUAUUUCCAACCUGCGAUAUCGCGGUUAACGUUGGAGAUGAUGCGCAAGUACAAUACACAUAAGGCCGUGGUGUUCAACACAUACCAGACAUACUUGCAAGAAGCUUUUAAUGAAGUGAAAACGGAUCUGGAACAAGCUGAACGUCAGAAUUUCUACUUCGGUGCUAAACUCGUCCGUGGCGCUUACAUUGAACAGGAAAGAGCCAGAGCAGCAGCAAUGGGUUACCCCGAUCCAACGAAUCCUACGUUCGAAGCUACAACCGAGUCUUAUCAUAGGACUCUAAUGGAGUGCUUAAGGCGAAUGAAACAGUACAAAGACAAAGGAGAGGAUCCAAAGAAAAUUGGUAUUAUGGUUGCAUCUCACAAUGAGGAUACAGUACGUUUCGCAAUAGAAAAAAUGAAGGAGAUAGGAAUCUCGCCAGAGGAUAAGGUGAUUUGUUUUGGCCAAUUAUUGGGAAUGUGUGAUUACAUAACUUUCCCACUCGGUCAGUCUGGAUACUCGGCAUACAAAUAUAUCCCUUACGGUCCAGUGAAAGAAGUAUUACCAUAUUUGUCUCGGCGUGCACAAGAGAACCGAGGCAUACUUAAGAAAAUCAAGAAAGAGAAACGUCUGCUGUUAGCCGAAAUUAUGAGGCGUUUCGUGAGUGGGCAGAUAUUUUACAAACCGAAGGGAAAUUAUACUCCCGUCUGAGCAGCUGGUCGUUUUAUUUGCACAGACAGAUUUUAAAUAUCAAACUUAAGUAGUGAUUGUAAAUUAUUCAAAAGGAAAAAAAGACUUUUGUGGUACGCAGAACAAACGCGCGCGCGUGAGAGUGACUGGAAGAAAUAUGCAGUGUUAUUCAUUAUACAAAAUUGCCUUAGUGUGAAUAUUAUCAAGUGCAAAACUGCUCAAUAUCGCACCAUAUGGUAGAACUAUGUUCAUUGCUCGUUAUGUUUAUAUUAAUUGAAAGAAGAAGGCUCUUCUCAGCGAUGCGUUAUUACUUUUAUAAAUAGGGAGCACAUUUUACGCUUUAUUAAUAAAUAUCAUGUUCGAUAUCACAUAACUGGGUAUAUGUUAUAUUGAAUAUGUACAUUUUUAAUAACGAUCUUUUUAUAAAAAAGCAAAAAACAAAUUGAGAAAGAUACUCGAGACAUUAGUAUCGAACAAUCUCAUUUGCAAAGACCUUUAAUAUUUUUCUUUUUUUUUUAUAAGAAGUUUCUACAGAGUAGUUUUUAAAGCUCAAUCGAAAAAUUGCAAACCGAAACAAGAUAUGUCUUUUUUGCCUGAAACAUAUUAUAGUCCUAUAUUUUAUAUUUUAUUUAAGAAUCUCGUAGUGCGUGUGUGCACGAUUAUUUAUAGCGAAUGUGUUUGAAUAUAUGUUGACAUACUUUAUUAUUCAUUUGAUGCUACAUAUAUACAUAUAUAUAUAUAUAUGAUUUUCCAUAUGAAAGUAUAGAACAAUCAUCAAAUGAAAUUGAUAUAGCGUGUGCUGUAUUUAAUUAAGUUAAAAUACUCGCGUGGGAUGAACAUUCGCUACUAUAUAGUUCCAUAAUAUUUUAUGCGUAGUUACCAGGAACAGAUAUUACCAAAGUUGUUAGUAUUGGCAAAUUACGAGUCAUAAAUGUUUUCUAUUUGAUCACAAAGUGUUUGCACAUUAUUAAGAAAAAGAAAAAGAAAAAUAGCUCCCGUAAUUUGUUAAUAAGUAAAUAUUUGGAAAUAUUUGGCAAAAUUUUGUUAAGUUUCUGGUACGAAUGAAUAUUGAUGUAAGAGCCAUUUUAUUUGUGCAAUUACUACGCAUGUUGAAAGAAAGUUAAGUGAUAUUGGGCCGAAAUAGCGAUGAACUGCGAAACUUGGAAUUGAAGAAAAAUAUAUAAAUAAUUAAUGACGUUGUAUAAGUUUUUAAUUCGUUAUGGUUCAGCCUAAUAUUACUUUCCUCAGCAGACAAGAUAAUAAUAUUCAUGAAUAUUGAUAUAGCUUAUACACGAUUCUUAAUCAAUUUUCUUUUUAAGAAAACUAAAUACCAAGAAAGCUUUAUAAUUUAUAAACAAUAAAUUUUUGUCGAGUUUCAA